UCGUUGUCAUUUUGGAGCAAACUUUUUUUGUAUAUAUUUUGCCGAUUGUCAACAUAACAGAGGAUUUUAUUGCGUUUCUUUGGAUUUAAUGCCAUCACAAUGGAACAACGAUAUUUUAAUAAUCCUUAUGAAGACUACAAAGGACAGCAUGUUGAAGUGGAUGAGAAUUAUGUGCGUAAUUUGAUAAAAACGUACGUGCAACAAAUCGUGGAAAAUACUCAAAGCGGAGACUCACGCGGAGAUUUGUAUGUUGGCGAUGCAGGUAUUGCAUUCAUGUUCCUGCGUUUAUGCCAAACCAAUGAACUGGUUCAAGAAACAUCGGCUCGGGAAAAUGCGCAACUUUACAUACGCCGUGCCAAACGCAAUGCAAAGCAAUACUCACGUUCAAGAGAUGAGCGAUGUGCGUUUCUAUGUGGCAACGCUGGAAUCUACGCCGUUUCGGCUGCCAUAUCUGAUCUCAUGCAAAAAGCCGACACUUUGCAACAAGAUUUGAAUAAUUUCGAACAAGGAUUCGAGGCAUGCAAACCGGUUAACUUCAGUAGAUAUGGCAGUGAUGAGUUGCUCGUCGGACGUGGCGGAUACCUCAGCGGAAUGUAUUGGUUGAACAAAACACUACGACCAAAGCCAUUCUCUGGUGAGGCAAUCAUUGAACUGUGUGAGUCAAUUGUGCAAAGCGGACGACAGUAUUCCAAAGCGAAGCGAUGUUCUUUCCCACUGAUGUAUCAAUACCAUUCAACGGAAUACUUGGGCGCUGCACAUGGUCUAAGUGGGAUCAUGCAUAUGCUUUUGGAAUCACCUUGGUUCAGCACAGAUCCAAAUUACGCAAUCCCAAUUCCAAAAGACUACGAAGCAGAUGUUAGAAAUACCAUCGAUGCAUUUUUGGCACUGCAAGACAGAGAGGGAAAUUUCCCUUGUGACAUGGAAAAUGCUACAUACGGCAACGGCGUCAAUAAUCUUGUGCAUUGGUGCCAUGGAGCACCAGGAGCUAUUUAUCUUCUCAUAAAAGCGUACAUAGUAUUCAAGGAAGAGAAAUAUUUGGUGGCAUGUCAGCGAGCUGCCGAUUUGGUUUGGCAUAAGGGUUUGCUAUUCAAAGGCCCUGGUACAUGUCAUGGUGUAGCUGGAAAUGGUUAUGUCUCUCUAGUCAUGUAUCGACUUACCAAAAAUCCAAAAUAUCUCUAUCGAGCCGUUCAGUUUGCAAACUUUCUGAUGCGACCAGAAUUUCUUCAAUACGCCAGAAGGCCGGAUUGCCCAUGGAGUUUGUACGAAGGAUUAGCCGGAACAGUUUGCUAUCUUAUCGAUCUUCUUCACACCGAAACAGCCGCUUUCCCUUUUAUGGAUGUGUUCUAAGUUUGAUUUGGGAAUUCUAAUUCAAUUAUCACUCAAUACUAUUUUGAUACUCAUUUAUCUGAUAAUAACUCAUAGAAUAAAGUCGAAUAUUUUUCUCAAAGAAUCAAUAAAAACUACCAUGAAACAAAUAAAGUCAAUAGCUUCUAUUAAUGACUCAAUGUUAUUUUUCACUUUUUCAGCUUUACAAGAAAGAGACGGUAACUUUCCCGUAGCGUUAGGCAGUGAAAAGAAGCGAAACACUGAAAAGCGAUUGGUUCACUGGUGUCAUGGUGCAACUGGCGCUAUCUACUUUUUCCUGCGAGCAUAUCAAAUUUUCAACGAUCAAAAGUAUUUGGAUGCAUGCCAGAAGGCGGCAGAUUUGAUCUGGGAAAAAGGAUUGCUGAGAAAAGGGCCUGGAAUUUGUCAUGGCAUUACUGGAAAUGGCUAUGCAUUCUUGAUGCUUUUCAAAGUAACUCAUGAUGUACGUUACCUGUACCGUGCCAUUAAAUUUGCUGAGUUUUUAAGCCAAUCUCGAUUCAUUCGCGAAGCAAACGUUCCAGAUCGACCAUAUAGCCUAUACGAAGGCACAGCUGGUGCAGUUUGUUUCCUCGUUGACUUAAUUCAUAUUGAUCAAGCCAGUUUUCCAUUUAUGAACAUUUGAAUGAAAUAAAAUAUGAUUUUCGAUUAUGGUGAAUGAUUUAGAAAGUUAA